AUGGCAAACUUCACGCGCGAGCGCAUCGUGCGCGCCCUCAUGGCGUUCAUCCUCAGGGUCAUCGUCAAGACCCACGACCUUGCCUACCAUGUCCUCGUACACAGGGCAGUCCACAUUGGCUACUCGUACGUUUACAUAUUUCUGCUUCCCGUUGACCUACUCAUCGCGAAUGUCUUGCACCUUGCUUGGGUAUGUUUGACUGUGGUCUGGGGCUAUCUCCUCGUCAGCAUCUCUACCAGUUUUCCCCUUGACUUGGACGAGGAAGCCGCCGAGGUCAACACCGAAAUAUUGAUUGUGAUCAACUGCGCAGUCAGGUUUGUCUGUCUCUUGGAGUUUUUCCUCGAGUUCGUCGUUGACGCCUUGCUCGACAUUCGGGACAAGCUGCUCGAGCUAUACAGCCAAAGUUCCACCGGCCUUCGGAUCCUCUUCUGGGUCAUUCUCAACUGUAUCUCGGUGUACAAACGGUAUUUAGACGAGUGUUGA